GGAACUUAAAAUAGCUGGCCACACUCAGUCGCAGAAAUCAUCACAAAAACAUGAAUUAUAUUAGCCAGUAAAAAUCAAGUGAAAAUCGAACUUUUGGUACCGUGACAUCCAAAAUUGCGUUCCAAUUUGCGGCGUAAUGCGUUCAAUGGUGCUUCGAGCGCUUAGCGGAGAUCAGAGCAACUGCAGCAUGUGAGAACAGUUUGCAAGCAAUUCGAGCAAUUGCGUCGUGUUACAAAACCUUGGCCCUGGUUAAAUCCCCCACAACAACUCGCGCAUUAUGGCCAGUGCAGCGGAUGACUCAACAUCCGUGGGUCAGGAGGAGCAGGAGUCCUUCUCCAUUUUCCAUGAGGGCAGGACCCUGCAGCUCCACUGGCGCGGUCUGCCUCCCUUGCGGCGGGCUCCCGCAUCGCGGAUCUGCAGCAUUGGCGAGGGCCUGCUCCUCCUGACUACCGACCACGCCCUAUACUCCGCUCAGCUGCAGGCGAACCGCAGCCACCUGGACCUGCAACUCCUCCGCACAGAUGUGGUGGAUGUGGACUUCUGUUCCGGCCGCCAGGAGCUGUUCGUAGUUCUGAGCAGCGGCUCCGUACAGCGCCAGGUGAUAGGAUCUGGCCGGGAUGUGGGACACCCGCACGCCUGGCAAACCCUCGGCUUUGACCCUCUGGAACUGCUCGCCGAAGGCGUUCGCAUUCGGCGGGUUUGCUGCUCCGCCCAGGGCGUUGUCUUUGUCGGCGCUGGGGGAGAAACCUAUGUCAUGGGCAGCUGCGGAGAGGUCUUUAAGGCGGAGCAACAACCCCGCCACAUGCGCUUAUACGAAGAAGGCAAGGAACUGCUCGACUUAGCAGCCGGAAACGAGCACUUUGUGAUGCUGGUGGCCCCCUACAAUCUGGCUGACGAUGUGCUACAGCUACAGGUGGCCAAUGCAAAGGAGGAACCAGAGGACGAACGGGCCUCUGUGAAAUCCCUCAGCAGUGACAACUCAGAGCGCAGCUUUGCGGCCAACACGAGGCACCUGCUUCACCAGGGAUACGCCCUACUUCACACCCAACUCUUUACCUUCGGAGCAUCCAACAAUGGGCUUCUUGGCACCGGAGAUCAUAUCCGGAGAGCCAAUGUUACGCGCCUUCAGAAACUGGACAGCAUGGGCGUGUGCAGCAUUGCAGCCGGGUUGGAGCACACUGUGGUUCGCACUCUGGACGGAAGACUUUACCACUGGGGCCUCAACAAUCACUCCCAGUUGGGCGAGGAUGUAAGCUCGCCCAUGGAGAUUACCAUUGCGGAUAACGUGGCAUCGCUUCCUAUAGAGCAGAACUCGGCUCUGGAAGCAACUUGCGGGGACUACCACACGCUGCUGCUGAAGGCGUCCGGGCAGAUACAAUCCCUCCAGCCGCCACCUCCAAUGCGACACCUGCAGCAAUCCAGCACUUAUGCCCAGACGCUCCUCCAGCUUCAGCUGGGAGCUGCGUGGCCGCGACAACUCCGACUGCUCAUGUGUUCCGGGCGUUACACUGUGCAAAACCAAAGGCAGUUCCAGCGACAGUAUCACUACUACCUAAGCCACCUGCAAUCGCAACUGCAGCUGCUGCUUAAGCACCGGCAGGCAGUCCAAACGCUGGAAAUCUGGCAACGGCAAUCUGCGCUGGAAUCGAUCAGCGUCCUUGGUCCGCUGUUGGUCUGUUGGGAGCGAAUGCUAUGCCUGCUGGUGGCGACCUUGCAUUCGCUAGAGGGAUUCUACCGGGCGGACUUUGUGCAACCCGCCGAUCUGCUGUUCAUCUGCCACUACAAGGAGUACAUCGACCUGUUCGAUGCAUACACGAAGUCCUAUUGCGAUGUGUACUCGGUGAAUGGAUUUGGUGAAGCGGUGGCUGCAAUCGCUGGACUUAGCAGCCCGUUGGCCGAGCUAAACGAGGAGAGCUACGUCAUUCGGUUGUUCCAGCAACCCUUUAGUAUCUACCAGCUGUUUGUUCAGUUCAUGGAGCUGCUAGUAAAGACGCAGCCAGAGUAUGGAGAGCACAGGGUGGCCUGGUCUGAGUUCGCUAGGCACAGCUGCAUCAGCCAGGAGCUGGCCGUGAAUACCAAGGAUUUCUGGAGCAGCAACGACCGUAACCCCAGGAUUGUUCAGUUUAGAAAACGAGAACGAAGGGUGAUCCUCACGUCAGCCCUAGUUCCAUUAAAACUAGUCACCUCCGCCAUCAGCAUUUCCAGCAACAGCUUCAUCCUCUUCUCCGACUUUCUGUGCCAGGUGGGCGGCAAUUCGCUGUACUCCUAUCCUUUAACAACCCUGUGGGUCUGGACCGAGGGCGAUCUUUGCCUGCGAUUGACAACGCCGGAAAAGAGUUUCCUGGUGUCCACGCGUUCGCAGGAAAUGCGCAAGGUCUGGCUAGACCAACUGCAGUCGAGCAUUGUUGCAUCUUUAGGCAGGCCGCUCGGUAGUCCGGUGCCCAGUACUCGCUCCACAGGAUACGAGUUUAGUCGGGAGCAUCCGAAGUUCUCCCGGGUCAAGGCAUGCGGCACCUGGAGGAAGGGCGUCCUCCACGGGAACUGCUACCUGGAGUAUCCAGACGGGAGUGUCUACUGCGGGGAACUGCAACAUGGCGUCAUCGAAGGCUACGGCAAGAUGGUGAUUCCGUCAUCGGGCCUGUAUGUGGGCCACUUCAAAGGUGGGCGCUUCCACGGCUACGGAGUCUACGAAACCCACAGCAAGGAUUCUCCCGAAAGUGAAGUGUACGAGGGCAACUUCUGCGAGGGUCUGUUCCACGGCCAUGGGAUGAUGCGAAACAACCGAUACAUCUACGUGGGCGAGUACCAGGCCAACGCCCGCAGUGGUUACGGCGUGAUCGAGGACCUGGUUAGCGGAGACAAGUACAUGGGCAUGUUUGCAGACAACAAGCGUUCGGGGAUCGGCAGCUGCAUCACCAACCGAGGCGACUACUUCGAGGGGAGCUUCUCCGGAGACGAUCUAAUGGGUAGUGGGGUUGCGGUCUUCGAGAAUGACUAUUACUAUGAGGGCGAACUCACUCUUAACGGUCCCAACGGGCGGGGGGAGUAUUACAUGCCCAGUGGAGAUGCGUGUGGAGGAAGUGGAGUUAUACCGGCCGGGGAGUCCGAUGACACCUGCGAGCUGAUCGGCAACAAGAUGUUCGGACAGCUCAGCGGCAGCUGGGAGACGGUGCGCAUACAGGCUGGCGAGCUGGUGCUAAAUCGACGCUUUCCCAAAUACCCCAGCUCACUGGGACGUCAAGUGGUGGAUCACAAUCGCAAAUGGCGCUCGCUGUUCAACAACUUUGAAUCCGACCUGGCCAAUUGCACGGCGACCAACAGCAGCUCAGGAGGUAUUCCAUCAGGAGGUACCCUCAGGAAAUCCUCGAAACCAUCACUCAGCACGGCCCAACUCUGGAACUGCAUUGCAGUGUACAUGAGCAAGCAACGGGCUCGGGAGGGAGCCAAGCCUGGGAACUACUUUAACAACAUCCUGCUCAGUUUGCCGCUGCCACAGAAGACUUCUUCCCCGCUGGCGAAAGCGCGGACUACCACAAACGCACUUAGCAAGCUGCAAACGGAGGCUGCAUCGGCGCUGGACUUUCUGGGAUUUCCACCACGACGCAUCCAUUCCCAAGAGACACUUAACAGCAAGCCUGGUGGAUUGCAGAGGGCGGAUAGCUUGCUCUCUAUGGGUCACAAUUCAUCUCGUGACUUGGACACUAGCAGUCUGGCCAGUUUUCAGUUGGACCCAACCCUUCUGAACAGCACUGUCAAUGGCGAAGAAUCCAGCACGCUUAACGAAAGUUUUUCAAAAUUAAGUCACAACAACAACAAUAACAGCAUUUCAAAGCACAUGAACAACAGCGAUUGCUCCAUUACCUCGACCACAUCCACGACGAGUGCAAUGCUGGAGCAGGUGCCCAGUUUUGGAAUGGCCUCGGUGCUCACAGAGCAGGAUGUGGCCUCUAUACGCUUGUACCUGGAGCAGGCUUUCAAGGAUCGCCAUCAUCCGCUGUACGCUUUGAACGACCGCAUCGCGAACUGUUUUCACUAUUCAUAUGGCUACUGGAAGGUUAAACCCACCCCGAUCCUGGCUAAACAGGCGAUGAGAGAGUGGGAGUCUAUAUCAAGACGCAUUUACCGCUUUGUACGCAAGAUGUUUCCUGCUUUGCCCGAGGACUAUUGUCAUAUGGAGGGAAGCAGGGAGGUUAUAUCGCAUAUUACCCUGCUGUACCCUUUGGUGCUAUCGGAGGGAAUCUACUCAACCUUAUUUGUGUUGUACGCAAAUAAGUACAGUCGAAAAGACGAAAUGUACCGGCAGAAUCUGAAUCUUGCCGAGAAACUUAAGGACCAAGAACUUGUUGAACUUAUGGGCCAUGAGAGUUUCCUCCAUAAUGUGAUGCUGGACCCUAAAUUCCAGGAGUCAGUCCAGACACUGAAGGAACUGCAGGAGAAGUUUAGUCCUCAGGACAUGUUGACUGUGAUACAGCGCAGCACGCAGCUGCUAACCGAGGCCUACGAGCACGCCAUGGCUGAUAAUGCCGCCCAGCUCAAUGCGGACAACAUGAUACCGCUCACUAUGCUCACAAUGCUGCGCGCUGCGGUUCCCCACUUGGGUGCGGAACUGGCUUUGCUGGACGAUCUGACGGGUGGGCCCAACUUCCAGGCCGAGAUGAAUGGAAUGGCCGGCUAUUGCUACACCACACUGAAGGCCGCCUAUGAACAUGUGACCUUGAAAGCCUUGCAAAAGAAUCCCUGAGCGGACUUAGCCCAAAGAUAGCAGGUGUAAUAUUUAUCGUUUUUUACUUGUUAAAUCUAUUGUCUCGGUAGUUGAUAAACCCCGAAAAUACGGGGCUUUAAUCGAAAGGAUAAGUUAAAAGGGAACUGGUAAAUUCUUUGUUGGCACUGUGAAGCUUAGGUAAAUUGGAACCGCUACUGUAGAUUUCCCGUUUGUAGCCUGUAUAUACCUUUAAAGACGAAACUCCCUCAUAGAAUUAUGGGAAUCGAUCCUGUACAGAAGCUGAUGGAAAGUUUCUAGAUCAGUGUAGGAAAUGUGUAUCUAUAUAUUUAUGUAUGUAUCUUUAUCUGUUUUGUAUAUUCUAAGUUAACACAUUAACAUUCCGAUUACUCACCAAACCAAAUAAAUAAUCUACACACAUGAA